AAAUUUUCUUGUUGGAAAGUCCCCAAAAAUCUUGUUUUUGGAACAUGUUUUGAACAGAGCUUGCAUUUAAACAAAUGAGGUGUCAUUCGACGCGUAUUCUCAACAUCGGUAUAAAACUUGCGCAUUAUCCCCACCCCAAAAGCUCAAAUUUUCUAAAUUUUCACUUUAUCGUUUUUUACUUAAACCAAUUAAAAUAAUUCAAGACUAGGUAAGCAUUCUAACUAGUUUUUGUAUCACUCGUUUUGAUUGGACCAUCACAACAGUUUUUGACAGUAGUCGCCUUCGCACACUCUCCUGGUGCGAUCGAUCUGCAGCUACAGAACAAAUUAAAAACUGAGAAUCGUAGACUAGGUUAGUGACCCUUUACAAGCUUCUUAAACGAGAGCUUUGUCACCGGUGUUGUGCACAUUUUAGCAAUCAGCCUAAUUGAAACUGCAAGCAUAGGGGAGAAAACGUAAAUGAAGGUGCAGUAAACAGCGUUGAAAUUGUGACGAUCGUGUGGCUGCGUACCCGCUCCCUAAUUAGAUUAGAUUAGGCAAACUUGAUUAGUUUGCCGAUGUUUUCUGGACGAUAAGGGAGCUUGUCGAUCGUUGUUCGUCAGAUAAAAUUGCUUGCAGAGCAAAGCUCUAGCAUUUUAAACAUCGGGCUCUUGACAAGGGCACACCCCAUUAUAUUAUUUCGGAGAACUGUCGAACAUUUUCGGUGCAUUUCGCUUGUUUUGCGCAUCUCAGCUGUGUCAAGUUCAGGCCCCCAACUCGUAACACAGCGAAUAUGCAGAAGCCACAACACGGUUCGUGCUGGAUCUUUCUCCUCCUGGUAUCUCUGAUCGCCACUUUCAUGCUUGCCUUCAGCUACUGGAUUUUUGUGCCGCGCGAGGAGCCAUUUUGGUCCAUUGUGUCAAAUCCCAGCGGUUCUGGGAUCAAGUUCCUGCCGCCAUCUGCUGUACCUGCAGAGCUGAAGCUCAGGCAAAGACCCCCGUUCGUUUACCAGAUUAUACAUUGAUAGAGUACAAUAUAGUGUUUUAUGCUAUGUAAUCUUACGCUAGUUUAACAAUAAAUUACAUGUACAAA